AGUUGUCGUGAUUCUUCAUCUUUCUUCUUCUUCUUCUACUUGAAGAUGAUGAGACCUGAGUUUCUUACGAGACAGAAGGAAGAAGAGUUUUUAAAGUCCCUUCUUCUGUUUACGGUCGGGUUCCUACUCCAGUUCCAGUCUUCUUGGCUUUACGUCCGAUCUUGUCGCUGAAAGAACCUUCUUUCUUUCUUUCUUUCUUCUUUUUCUUUCUUUCAUGGUUUUUGCGACAAAAGUUUGCCUUUCUUUACAAAACUUUCUGCCUUGACGCCAGAUAACAUCACAAGUUGAGGAAAACAUGAAUUCGACAUCGACACAUUUUGUGCCACCGAGAAGAGUUGGUAUAUACGAACCUGUCCAUCAAUUCGGUAUGUGGGGGGAGAGUUUCAAGAGCAAUAUUGGCAAUGGGAAUAUGAACACACCAAGCCACAUUAUAAUACCGGCCAAUAAUCAGAAACUAGACAACAAUUUGUCAGAGGAAACUUCCCAUGGAACAGCAGGAACUCCUCACAUGUUCGAUCAAGAAGCUUCCACGUCUAGAAACCCCGAUAAGAUACAAAGACGGCUUGCACAAAACCGCGAGGCUGCUAGGAAAAGUCGCUUGCGCAAGAAGGCUUAUGUUCAACAGCUUGAAACAAGCCGGUUGAAGCUAAUUCAGUUAGAGCAAGAACUCGACCGUGCUAGACAACAAGGAUUCUACGUGGGGAACGGAAUAGAGACUAACUCUCUCGGUUUCUCGGAAACCAUGAAUCCAGGGAUUGCUGCAUUUGAAAUGGAGUAUGGACAUUGGGUUGAAGAACAGAACAGACAGAUAUGUGAACUAAGAACGGUUUUGCAUGGACACAUUAACGAUGUGGAGCUUUGUUUGCUAGUUGAAACCGCUAUGAAACAUUACUUCGAGCUUUUCAAAAUGAAAUCAACCGCUGCAAAAGCGGAUGUCUUCUUCGUUAUGUCAGGGAUGUGGAAGACUUCAGCAGAACGGUUUUUCUUGUGGAUUGGCGGAUUUCGACCGUCGGAUCUUCUCAAGGUUCUUUUGCCACAUUUUGAUAUCUUGACGGAUCAACAAAUACUAGAUGUAUGCAAUCUAAGACAAUCUUGUCAGCAAGCUGAAGACGCGUUGAGUCAAGGUAUGGAGAAGCUGCAACACACACUUGCGGAUUGUGUUGCAGGGGGACAACUCGGUGGAGGAAGUUACAUUCCUCAAGUGAAUUCUGCUAUAGAUAGAUUAGAAGCUUUGGUCAGUUUUGUUAAUCAGGCUGAUCACUUGAGACACGAAACAUUGCAACAAAUGUAUCGGAUCUUGACCACACGACAAGCAGCUCGAGGAUUAUUAGCUCUUGGUGAGUAUUUUCAACGGCUUAGAGCCUUGAGCUCAAGUUGGGCAACUCGACAUCGUGAACCAACGUAGAUAUGAGUUUUUUUUUUGAACCAAGAGAAUCAAGAAAAAUGAAAGAAAGACCUCAAGAAUGAAGAAGAUGAGUGCAUCUGAAAACACACAAAACAGAGGAUUGAUUACUCUGAAUAAAUUAGGGGGGUUGCUGCUGAUAAUUAUUUUUACUCUGCGGCCGAAUCAGAAAAAUUUGAAAAACAAAAAAAACAAUGUAUUGAUAUAAGUUGUAAAUAUCAGGAAAAGAUGGGGUGCAAAAAUUUGUACUUUGUAGCUUUUUUUAAAAGAGAGAAUGUUUGUUUGAUUGUAAA